AUGUGCACAUUAAAUGGGCAACAUAAUGUUCCCAGCGUUCAUGAAACUACCACAGAGAACAAUGGAAAACCAAAGGCAUAUAGCGCACUAUACGCUCUCCAGUUGAGAGCCUUCGUAGAUGCUGCAGAGGAUGUGGACGUGGACCCAGAUACAAUCGAGGACCUGCUCGAAGGUUUGGAAGACGAAGAUGAAGACGAAGAAGUCCAAGAGAGCGAACUCGGCGAAGAUUCCGACUCAGAAAGUCUGCCUUUUCCUGCGGGUGAGCGGCACAGUGCUAUGCAGGAGAGUGGCAACCUGGACGAUCUUGAAGUGGAAACCGAGGUCAUCGAACAAUUGAAACGGGAAGUAGAUGAAGCAUGGACGAAGGAAGAAAUCCGAAAGAUGAUGCAUCACUUGAAAGAACGCGGAAUGAGUUCCUUCGUCAGAGAAUAUGUUAUCACUCAAAAUAUCCCGAUAGUAAAACUCCUGCUUGCUUUCGGGAUUUCCUUGUGUCCUGAAUUGCGGAAUAAGCAACCUCAAACAAUGCAUUAUUUUUUGCGGGUCGCCAUGUCUAAAGAGCUUCAUCUCAGGGAAAAACUGCCUCAAUAUAACACCGUCGCCGACGCGGUUUCCCUAAUCCAAACCUCAAAGCGCGUGGUUGUACUCACUGGCGCUGGUAUUAGCGUCUCAUGCGGUAUUCCAGAUUUCAGGUCGCAUAACGGCUUGUACGCGGCGCUGAAGGCACGGGGGACCUAUGACCUCGAUGACCCUCAACAGAUGUUUGAUAUACACUAUUUUAGAGAAAACCCUGCCGGUGAGAAAUCUCAUCUUCUCCAGAUAUAUCCGUCUAAUUUCAUACCUUCUCCUUGUCACCGAUUCAUCAAAGCUAUGGAAGAUAGAGGCAAGGUAUGUGGUAUGAACUACACCCAGAACAUUGACACGCUAGAAACACUCACAGGAAUUACUCGCGUAUUGCAGUGUCAUGGAUCAUUUGCGACUGCUACCUGUAUUCAGUGCAGACGGCGUAUACCAGGAACCGAAAUUGAAAAAGAUAUCAUGGAACAUCGUGUCCCGUUCUGUACUGUAUGCAUGGACGCCAAGAGGGAAGCCGAGGAGAUCCGCCUGGCUGCUUUCAAGAAAAAGGCCAAGAAGCGAGGUAGGAAGGAAUGGGAAGAGGGGAGUGACGAAGAGGACGAGGCAAUACCAGUUGGCGUGAUGAAGCCGGAUAUCACUUUCUUUGGAGAGAAGCUCGCGGAUGACUUUGAUCACGCCCUCGAGGACGAUCGAGAUAAGGUCGACUUGUUGAUCGUCAUCGGGACCUCGUUGAAGGUCUCACCUGUAUCAGAGAUUCUCUCGCAUCUUCCGCAUUCUGUUCCACAGAUUCUGAUCAACAAAACUCCUAUUCGACAUAUUAACCCUGAUAUUGUCCUUCUUGGAAACGCAGAUGACAUUAUUCAACACCUAUGCGAGAAGCUUGCAUGGGAGUUGCCACCGCCAAUGGGGAAGCGCCUCGAGGUUCCGCCAUUAGCGAGAUUAAGAAAGCGCACCUCAGGUGAAAUGAUGGGUAAAACCGAGCCCACUCGUGUUGCAAAGAGCCACGUAUGGCUGUUUGAAGGAGCCGAGGGGGGCAAAUGGGUGUGGGAUAUCGAGCAAAGGUUCUUAGAAGAAAUUGGGGUGUCUGAAUCGCAUACGAUGCAAGGUCGAGUCCGUGAGGGUUCGAAGGCAAAGAAGUCCAGGACAGGCUGA